CGUCAGGGUCAAUCGAAUGGACAAGCUACGGAAGGAGCAGAUUGGAGCAGGUACAGCAGCGCCGACUCGUGGACCCGAGGGCGCUCAUCCGAAAAGAAAUCGAGGGACGAGGAAGCUGUGGAGCACUACGGGUCCAAGCAAAGCAGUGGCAAGCGGGCGCAAUUCACGGCCGACGUGGAGUUGCAGUCAUACGAAUACCCGAGGGAAACAUGGCGGGGCUGCAUCGACGCAAGCAUCAAGGAGAACGGCCUGCAGGUUUGGAGAGCGGAAGGGAUGAGCGACGAGGCAGCGAGACCAUUAGCGGAAAGAACAUUCGCGCCCAAAGUGCGGAUGAAGCGAUCCUUAGAGGUCCGCGGGAACAGCGAGAAGGCCCAGCGUGCGAACCGGAUGUGGGGCACUAGGUUUGCGGAACAUGGUACUGCGUAUCUGUUUUUAUUGUGCUUGUCUAAAAAGGAACGCAAACGCAUGCACAUGAAGUGAUCUUCGUCUUUUGAUGGAACAAUAUCGCGACCUUCCGUCUAGUAUCUUGGAGCCUGUAGAAGUUAGUAUGUAGUGAGGUCACGAACGUUCUAAUCUAGCGAUCUUUUUGACAUGUCUUAUCCAAAACGACCGGCAGUUUUCAAGCGGCCGGAAGUGUUUUUGGGCAUAAAAAAUUUUCAAUUACUAAGCGGCCGGGGCUUUGCCAUCAAACAAGCCCGAGCGGAUUCUAUCGAUUCCCGCUUGAUAAAACGACGCCGGGGAGCCGGCAAAAGGGGCGCCCUUCUGAGGCGCCCGCCGCCUUGGUUUCUGGCGGUUUCGGGCGCCCAAAAAGGGGCGCCCAAAAAGCAGCAGUCCGAAAAAAACAGCGAAGCCGCAUGGUAUGGGCCCCAUUUUGGCCCACAUUCGGGCCGCCCAAAAGACGCCACCGAAAUCAGCCAUUUCAGAGGCGGACGCAAGGCCAGAAGAUGCGGCAUUUUAACAAAAAAAACCAAAAAAAACAAAGUCCGCCAAAAGCACAAAGCGAAUCCGCAUGCUAUGGGCCCGAUUUGGGGGCCGAUGGGGCCGACCCUGGGGUGGGGCUUGACGGGGCCAUAGCAUGCGGGGAAGGUUUUUCGAUUCGAAACCAAAUGGAGGCCAGUUCUGGGUCGUCAUUUUUAGCGACCGCCGUGCCAUCGUGCAUAACAUUACUCGCGAUGGCAUGGUGGGCAGAGAAGUCGCUUGUGUUUUUGGCGUGAAGACAAAAAAACCGCCAUGACCUCACUACCCCCGCUGAGGCGGCUAUUAUUGGUAGUCUUGCUGUUUUUCCUUUGCAUCGGACAUAGCUGUGGUCGGAUGCAGACCGCGCAUGUCCAUAAUUCGAGAUGAUAAAAAAACAGCGAACGGACGAGCGCAGCAGCAGGAUGAAGCACUCUCAUGGGCAGAAAGGGAAGAUGACUACCAGCGGAGCAAAGGUGCUGUUGAGACGAAUGGACUACAUCGCCGAAUGGGGCCCACGACUGCGCUGUGCCGCCCAGACUCUACUGCGGCACCACCUCCACCACCGGAGCAGUUAUCAUCUGUUCCAGAAUGGCAGAAAGAGCAUUCGACAACCAGCACCCGUCCGAAAACUCGCCUGGAAGAGCUUGCGGACGAUGAAAAAGAAGCUUCGAUCCGCGUGCCGGAGAUCAUCGCCUCAUCAAAGGCACAGACGCGAGGAGAAACAGUUGAGCUGGAGGUCGCAGGCUCGUCACCGGAGGACGCCUCGUCUGCGGAUAGCCUCAAAGCUGCUGCGAUAGUAGCAACGAAGACCAGCACCGAAAAUAAGACGAGCAGCAAGAGGACAAAAGAUAAAGCCAAGGCGGAAAAGAGGCACGGCACCGCGGGCGAGAAACAAAAGAGCCCUGGCUGUGCUGGUGACGGUGCCGCGGGCGGUGACCAACAGGCAAAGCGUGGGAAGAGUGAGCAGUUUUUGGAAGCGCUCGAGAGCCUGCGGCAGGAAUUCUUGGCGCAAAAGGCGGAAGAAAAAGAGGGCAAAACUGCGGAACUGCAACGCAAAGUUGCCGAGCUCCAGAAGAAGGAGGAGCACUGGAAAGCAAAGGCGCAGAGCGAGGCGCAGGAGCGAGAGGACGGCGUGAAGGCGAGGCUGGAAACCGAGGCGCGAGAACGAGAAGAGUAUUGGCAGGCGCGGGAAACGCGAGGUCUGCAACUGUUGCAGGAAAAGAGCGCAAUCAUUGAGGACUUGAAGCAGCAGCUGCAAUCGCGCGAGCGGGCGACAGAGCUGCAGCAGCAGGCGCACGAAAAAAUCCUGCGGGAAAAGGAGCAGCUGUUUGAACAAAAGUUGCAGCAGAAAAGGGCAGAGGACGCGCUCGCGUUCAAGGAGGCUCAGGCGGAACUGCAAAGUAGGUACGAGACCGCGAAAGUGAUCGCUUGCCAGCUAUGGACUUGAAAACAGUUUUUCCUGCAGCUUCGCAUCAGAAGUGGCCCAGAUGACGAAAGAAACACUCGAAUCCGGCUCGUGAUUUCAGAAUUGACUCUCACGCACACGAGAAAUGUGAAAAGCGGGUGAGGAGGUAGGUGGUCUUGCGUGCCCGUCCAGCGCAAUUUUCGUUCAUUUUUGAAGCGUUUGAUUUUGCAGUUAGAACUUUGAUAGGGAUUGCUAAAGCAGCCCCACAUAGAAGAUGUCGUGGCCAGCAUGCCACUCGGCGACGAGCAUGUGCAGAGCGAGUUUUUUGCAUUCAUUUCAGGCAUUACUCACUUGACAUUUUCCAUCUGGCUUCCUGCAAGACUUCUGUUUUCGAUUUCAGAAACCGACGUGAAGAACCGAAUGGAGCAUCUGGCCAAUCAGCACAUCCAGAGCGAAGCACGAAGAAUCGAGAUGGCCUACAACCUGCCGGCGCACCAGCUUUGUCCCCGCAGCUUCUACGUCGGUGCCGACGCAAUGCAACUCCUGGACGCUGGGAAGAAGGAACUAGGCGCACUAACCAUGAUUAGCCAGGAACCUACGCAGCACCAGCAGCUGCAACAAGACGAGGAAGAGACGACGAACGAAGCAGAAGUUCAACAAUCUGGGUUUGCGAGGAGUUGCCUUGUGUUGCAGCGGACCAAAAGUUAUGGGAACAGCUCCUCUUCAUCGUCGCGCCUUGUCUUCAGCGAAAAGGAGAAGGCUCUGAUGCGGAAACCCCUGGAAUGGAUUCCCAGCAGCGUUGACCAGCAAAAUGUUGACGACAUGCGCAAUUUUGUCUAUCUUGGACUCGAGAACGCUUCCGAGGCCUGGCUUUUGAAAAAAUGGCCAGAUCGUUUUCGCCGAGCCGAUGUCGCAAGAGGCAACAGGGCAACUUUCGACGUUGUCAAGGCGCUGCCGGAUGCUGUAGCUCUGAGCCCGCGUUCAAGCCACGGCGUUGAAACCUCUUCUUCAGACGCGAAAGGGAGCGGCACCUCGACAUCGUUUCCAAUCACUUCCGGCGGUGCGGUCGCCGAGGGGGACGCGCAAAACUUCAGAACAGCAGCAGUAGGACAGCAAGAACAGGCAGCGUUAGAGCCUUCGCCAGUAGCAUUUUUGUGCGAGGCAAAAUUAUCGGAAGAGGACGAGAAACUGAAGGCACAGGCGCUGGCCAACGCCCGGCGAAUAACUAUCGAGAAACUGGAACUACUGCUGCGGGCCCGAUAGGCAUUACAAGAGUAUCGCGCCCGUGUAGAGAAAAAAACCACCUCAGUUGUAUUUGUAUUUUGUGUUGCGCGCAUAGGACAAAGCAUGGGGGGCGCGGAGACUCCGCGCUCCAUUACGCUUAAACCAUGGAGCCAGAGUUUUUCCGCGGCGUUUGACGCCAGGCUUGGAAGACGGGGACUUGCACUAAGCAUCCUAUUAAGUCGCUUGGAAACUUUUCUGCAUUUUUUUCACACGUCGAGUGCGAUGCAACCUUUUGCUUGGGAUACUGAAGGGCAGACGGUGGAACAGCAGGAACACUACCGUUCGCAGCGGGAGCGGCACGAGCAUCUUUCUGCGGCGGAACAGGCCGAGCUCGCGUGGUGGACGAACCAGGCGCGGUCCGAGGGAGUGGUUUACCUUCCGCGGUCAGCGGUGAACCCAGACCUGUUUUACUGCCCGGAGCGGGGCUUCGAGGUCGCACAGCCGCUGGCGUGCACACUUUGCCGCAGUUUUAAGACCGACGACCCCAUUCUGCUAGAUGAGUCCGUGACGGCGAUCCGGAAACACCUCGGCAAGAAGGAACACAAGGAGCAGGUCGCCUUCCAGACGAUGAAGCGAUCGACAGGAGCAACGUCAAGCACGUCAACCGCGAUCGUGUCCGUGGUCGGGCCGACUUUCGGAAAGUUGUGCAGGCCAAACGGGUCGUGGAAGAGGGGGGCGCACGGUCGCGAUUUUGGACCCGCAGCGCGGGAGAAGUACCCGUUCAUCGAGCUGAACCCAUACACCGAAAUCACGGACCAGAGGGCCACAACGCGAAAGUAUUUCCAAUGCCCGGAAGUAGCGGUCUUGUGCUAUCCGCGAAGGACCAAGGGCGCUGCGGCUUCGGCACAAAGUGAAAUCAGUGCGGGCUCCAGUUGCGUGCGGCAGAGAAAAACACUAGCGGAAACAGAGAACGAGGAAUCUGACGCGAUUCAUGAACUGCGGAGCGAAGAACCUGAAGCGGAGCUGGACGACGAGCAGGUUAAAGAAAUAGUGUGUCGCCCCGCAGUGCCAGAACGGAAUUCCGAAGGCACGAGGUUCUUCCCGCCGGCGUUUCGCAGGUAUUUUUUGAACUUUCUGCUCAUCCUCGAAAUCGUGGCUGCCAUUUUUUUCCACUUUAUGUAUAGCAUGUAGUUUCUAUGGGGUCGGUCCUCGUCCUCUGCUAGCAUCGCAGUGGUAUUUUUUCACUGUAACUUCGCAACUUCCGCUCUUCAAGCUCUCACAUUCCCAGCUGGGUGGGCAUACCCAUACCAGCAUUUGCUGCAAGUAGCGCAAGCGCGGUCGUCGAUGCGGCUAGAUCGCUUUCUUUGUGUUUUUGUUGUGCAAUUGCAACAAGAGUGCCCGGCAGAUAAAGUGAAAGAUGUUAUAUGGGAAAUAAUUGGUCCUCCUAGGUAUCUUUCGCGCGUGGAGCUGCUCGACACGAUCAAGAACUCGCCGGACCUGUUCCAGGACUCCAGUGACCCGGACACGAUACACGAGUGGGUCGCCUUCGACGAGGAGUGCCGUCCGUACUGCAAGCUGUUAUUACAGUGAAAAGUGCCCCCCACCCCCAAAGUUGCAAAAAUUUGUGAUGCGAAGUUUCCAAAUGAAAACUUUUUGUCAUGCAUGAAAGGAGUAUGAAUCUUUCUGAUGCAGAUUCUAGUCGUGUUUCGCAUCGCUUUCAUGACAAGCACCGCUCUUGCUGGGAUCUUUUGCAAUACAAAUUUUUGCUAUUCACGAUCGGAAAUCUGUGAUGCUGAUACAUGCAAGAGGGCGAAUGUUUCAUUUGGAAAGGUUUGCAAUACAAAUGCUUUCAAGUUCGGGGGUGGGAGCAUUUUUCAUUGUAAUAGCUGUGCUUCCAGUUUCACGUGGCGCGCAAGGAGAAGACCGGCGAGGACCAGGACUACGCCGACGUGGCCCACUUUCCCUUGUUUGCGCCCGGCAGCUACGGGACCUCCGAGGAUUAUCUUGCGAUCCCCACGGACGACGAGGAGGAUUCGGAGGCGUCGUCGUCCGGGUCGGAAACCGACGGCAGCAGCUCGGACGACGGCAGCAGCAGUUCGGACCAGGAAGACGACGAGGAGUCGGAAUCCGACCACGAAGUAGACCGUGGCGAUGUACUGUUAAAGAAAGUAAAAACAAAAGCACAAGAAGUAGCACGAAAGACGAGGGCGGGGGCGCGCAGGAGAAGCCCCACCUCAUCGCUCGCUGCGCACUCGCGAAGCAAUUUUCACAGUGCGGACAGGGGGGGAAAGCACGGUAGUGGGGCACCGACUGGGAGAGCGCGGCGCCGCUACGCCGAGAAGAAGUCCACCCGGCUCGAGCAGAGGCACUUUGCGCAGCCGAAGUACACGGAGCCGCGGAUCUUCGUGCGCGGGGAGGUGGUCGAGGACGAGGUAACUUGCAAGAAGAAAGAAAAGCGGAUGUCGCUAAUCCAGAAACACAUGAACUCCGAAGAGCACCGCAGGCGGGUCGUGGAGCUGAGCCAGCAAAAGCAGUGGAGCCUGGCCGGGAGCAACAUCAUGAGCUCGACGAUGAACGAAGGCGCCCCCUGGCUCGUCCAAAGACCCUGCUACGGCGCAAAGCUCGGGGUCAACAAGUAUGUGCGGACCUGGUGCCUGUUGUGCAAAACACUUGCCCCAGAGGGAACGCACGGGGGCGCGCCCGAUCCCGCGCGGUGCGAGGCAGCGCUGGACACCGCAACGCACAUCGUUGCGCAGCAAGUAGGUAGCGCUGGCAGUUCCGGUCAUGCAACCACGACGAAGGGGGCACUGAUGCUGCAGAAUGCGCAGAACCGAAACCAGAGGAAGGCACUGAAAGAGACUGCGAACAAUGCACGACACGUGGAGCAGCUACAGGCGUACAACACCAGCGAGGAGUACCAGCAAAACGUGCAGUCUGCCCGGACGCUCGUCGUUUUCUCGCUCCUUAAAAUGGGCAUUGUGUCGGUGGACUCCCUGGGACUGCAGCAGGGCGGCACGAAGGAAGAAAUGGCGCGGCUGAUCAGGGAGUGUGAGGAGAGUCUGGAAGAGGACGCGGCGGCCUACUUUGAUCGGUGGUGGCAGAAGAAGUAUUGCCAAAUGAUUGGCACGCACAUCAAGGACGCCGCUGUGGAGGUAUAAUUCGCACUAAAAUGCACCUGCAGUCUUUUUACAGUUUCUAUGUGUGUUCUUGCGGUUGCGUCAGCGUUUUGUGAAAGCGUCAGAAAUAACCGGUGACAGUAAGGCGGCACACUUGUAAUAGCGGACUGGUACCGUUAAAGAACCCCUGGUACAGCUGUGAAUUUCAGCUGAUGUUGCGCCGUGACCAACGCAAGAGUUCGAAGAAGCGCAUAUACAUAAAGGAGUAGUUGUAGUUGUGUUUUUCGUUUUGCUGUUCGUGUCAUCGGAAUAGGACGACUAUAUGUCGUGUGUCUUGCUUUGUAGUGAUUGACAUCUAUAACUCCCUAAGGUACGGUACCAGCCGGAGAUUGACUACUUUGCCGCAAAGCGGAAACAAGGCCAAGAGGAGCGGAAAAAGGCAAGACAGCUCGCGCAGCAGGAGCGCCACCACGGUAAGGGGCCGGGUUCUGGGCCUGCUCACACGAGGGGCGGAAGCAAGGGGAGCAACUUCAUCACUUCCGGCUGGAAGCCCCCGAGCCAGUACGGUAAGGGUUGGGACAGCCGCGUCAUGGUUAGUAAAGGCAGCGACCCGGCAGCGACGAAUGUGGCAGGUCUUUCGCUGGGUACUAGGGAUGCUGCUGCGAGGACGAAGCGGAGCGCAGGUUUCCAAGUUCCCAGGAUCUCUGAGAAGUGAGCUUGAUCACGACAGCACAGACGCGAGUGCGAUAGAUGCCAGUAAGAGCUCGUUCGUAGCCGCGGGGAUGUUAGAGCAAAACGAAAACAAGAACAACACCCGUGACGCGCCGGCUACAAAAAUGCUCUGUGUGACUUGUUCGCGCUUUUCAGCACUCUUGUGUAGAUCAGGCUGUCAUGCUGAAGUGUUUUUUUUUCUAUAUCUCGAACAGUUCAACUAGUGGCAGUAAUUAUACAUCUGCAGCUCUCUGUUUUUCAGAAAAUUACCAACCGCGGCGACAACGACACUAAGUAAGAGUAUCGAAGAGGAUAAUUUGAGAUGGGGACUACUUUACUUUGAAUAGAGCAGCAUUGUCAUAAUAAAAUAGUCAGUGUCUAUUCGUCAGACAAUUCUUGAAAUUGUUCACUUGAGCGCUCGAUAUAUCAAUGCGUUGUUUCUUCUUGAUGCACAGACAGAGAAAAGCAAGCAGCUUAGCAAAAAUGAGAGCGCCAUCUAAACUCGGCCAUUGUCUCAAAUGCCUGCCAUGCGGAGCGCUUGUGCAGGCUGUAGCGUUGCGGUCAGCUGCUAAGUUCAUUAGAGAUAUUUUCUUUGAUAUACGAGUUACUCGAGCCUUUUUUGUCGGCAUCAGAAACAUGUGGUUUUCUAAUUCUCAGGGUUUUGCUUAUGGUUCGUGAAUCUUUACCUUUUGGUUUGAGUCUUCUCGUUCUUUAUAUGCUUUGAAGUGCGCUUGUGCCGUCCUCUCCUUCAUUGAUCUUUUCAUGGGAGUUUUGGAAAUAUUCAGUUCUGUCUUGCUUUUUCGUUUUUGCUGCAGCCGUAAUAAAAAGUAGUGAAGGUGUUCGCUUUAUUUCCUCCUGGAAGCUCGUUUUAUGCGAGAGGAUCUGUGUUCCUCUGCGUCAAAUUAGUCCGUUCCUGGUUAGUCAUUUACUUAGAUGCUUCCGUUCCGUAUGUGCCCUCACGACCACGGUUUGACUAGCCGUUUGAUGCUCUGCAAAAAACAGGUAGAAACUUUUGCAAAUUUUACCUCUUUGGCGGAGGUGGC